UCAUUCAAAUAGUGAGCUGGUCGCUGGGUCAAGUUUACUCUUCUGAGGAGCUCCAUGAGCGUCUGGAUCUGAGCUCAGGGUCUGAUUGAUCACAGAUCGGCAGUGUGUGUGUGUGUGUGUGUGUCACGAGGAGACUUUAUUGACACCUGCACCAUGAGGAAGGGCUCCUGCUGCAUGUUCACGUCUGGAGUCGUCGGCGCUGUUCUCCUGAUCACGGGAAUCGGCUUGUUUGUGUCCGGACUCUUCCAGACCUUGAUCCACAAAAAGCUGAAGGGGGAGAUCACGCUGACGGAGGGCAGUAAGGUUUUCGCCUCGUGGAAGAAUCCUCCGCCUCCGGUCUACAUUCAGUUCUACUUCUUCAACGUCACCAACCCCGAAGAGUUCGCCAAAGGAGAAGCCAAACCUCGUCUUACUGAAAUGGGGCCGUACACCUUCAGACAGUACAGACCCAAAAAGAACGUGACUUUUGUGGACAACGGGACGAAGGUCUCAGCUUACACCGUCAAGAGUUUCGUCUUUUUACCUGAGAAAUCAGUAGGAGACCCCAAAGAAGACAUGGUGACGACUGUGAACAUCCCGCCGUGGUGAGUGUGUGCCGUGAUGAAUCGUCUGAAAGGUGUGAGUUUCUGGGUAGCGUCUGGUAUCUCUAUGUACAUGGGCUCUCUCGGCACGACUCUGUUCAUGACACACACCGUGGAGGAGCUGCUCUGGGGCUUCAAGGACCCGCUGCUCACACGACUGAAAACCAUAAAACCAGAAACAGAUGAGUACUUCGGACUCAUGCUGAACAAAAACGGCAGCGAUGACGGCGAGUUUGUGUAUCACACCGGAGAGCAGAACUACCUGGACUUCGGCCGCAUUUACACCUGGAAGGGAGAAAAGAUGCUGUCCUACUGGAAAACCAACCAGAGUAACAUGAUCAACGGCAGCGACGGCAGCGCCUUCCAUCCGUUCCUGACCAAAGAAGAGCGCGUGAACGUCUUCUCCGACCUCUGCAGGUCCAUCCACAUGCGCUUCGAGAAGGAGGUGGAGGUGAAGGGUCUCCCGGCGUACCGCUUCACGCCGCCCCGGGCGGUGCUGGCCAGCGGCAAGAACAACCCCGAGAACGAGGGCUUCUGCCUGAACCCGAAGAACUGCUUCGACGACGGCGUGGUGGACGUGUCUGUGUGUCGGAAAGGUGCUCCUGUGGUCGUGUCGUUCCCUCACUUUCAUCUGGGCGCCGAGAAGUACAUCAAAGCCAUCGAUGGCAUUUCUCCUGUGCACGAGCAGCACCAGACAUUUCUGGAUCUGAACCCUACUAUGGGAGUGCCUGUUCGUGCCAUGAAACGAGCCCAGAUCAACAUUCAUCUUGAGAGAGUGAGCGGCUUUCCUUUGACCAGGAAUCUCAACGGCACCAUUUUUCCCAUUGUGUUUCUGAAUGAGUCGGUGGUGAUUGACGAUGCUUCGGCCGCAAGGAUUCAGAAGCUGCUGCAGAUCGUGACUCUGGUCUCUCAUUUCCCGCUCAUUCUUGUGGGUCUGGGAGUCAUUCUGCUGCUCAUCUGCAUCAUCCUCGUCAUCCGCUUCUAUCAGAACAAGACUGAAGUGAAGCGCUUUGAUUUCGCCGAGGCUUUCCGCCGUUCUCCUCCGUCUGCGAAGAAAGACACGUCAUACGUUCCUGUGAGCGGCAAAGUGGACGAUCAAGACGAGAAAAACGGCACUUAUAUCGGCAUGACGCCCGUGGACAAGUCUUAAACAGCUGUGUGUGUGUGUGUGAGUGUGUGUGUGUGUGUGUGUGUGUGUCUCACAGAUGCUGUCACUCUCAGUAGAGCGGUGUGUGUGUGUGUCAGUCGUAAUGAUUCACACACUGGCUCCUCCUCAGGACUCGUGCCGUCUGAUGAAAGACUGAAGAACACACACACUUCAGGCUCAAUCAGACUCGGUUUCCGUUCAUAUUUAAGCACUUUGAGUGACAUUAAAGCUGCUGUCGGUGAUUGUUUAGGAGCUUCACGCGUGUUAGAGAUCAUUUCACACUCGAAUCUGACCCCUGCGUCCGAUCCCUUCACGUGUUUGAAUCCAAUGUGAAAUCUGGCUUACGUCGUUUUAACAUAUAAACUUAAUGCGAUGCAUACGUAACGGUUUUUAAAAAAACGCCAUAGUAAUAAUUCAUUAUCUGCAUUUAUUUGAUUUUGCUUUAAGUAAUCAUAAUUACUAAAUUACAUUUAUUCAGUUCAAAUGUGACUAUAGCUGCGGAACAAGCCAUGGUCGAUUAGGUCAAAUGCACAAGAUUUAAACAAGCUGGAUUUAUAGAUGUUAAAUAUAUAAAGCUGGUUAUUUGUGCAUUUAGAACACCUUCUGUUUAUUAGUGUUAUCGCAUAAGAUGGACAAACGUGUAUCAUUUUAAGUUUUGGUAAAACUGGGUAAUUCAAAUUUUAAAUGCAAAUUGUAUAAAUUGUAAAAUUGUAUUAAUUUUAGGGCUGUUUUUAGCCAAUCAGAAACGCUGUCAGUCAUUUUGCAUGGAUUGGUGGGCGGGGUUUGAUGCAGGGGCUGUCUUAGUGGGUGGAGUUUAGCGUAAAAGGUGUGUGUGUCUUUUAGUGUGUGUGUCUGUGUGUGUGUGUGUGUGUCACUGGGCGGAGUUUGACAGAGGGCGCGCGUCCUAUUGGGUGGAGUUUCUCAAAUGGGGUCAUGCAUGUCAUUUAGUGGGCGGGGUUUCGCACAGAAGGCUUGUUUUUUAGUGGCCGUGGUCAACGUGUGUGCGCUCCUGAAAUCACUCGCAGCACCUUUAACAACCAGACACCUCGUAAAAGGCCAAACAAAACCACUUCAUAUUCGUUUUACCAAAUGGUCCGUUCACGCAGGACGCGCUCCUGUAUUUAAACACCUGAAGAGUUAACGUCCUGAGUGAACGGCCCACACGUGCCUUUAGUCACGAAACAUUGCCUUGUUUUAUUUCAGUCGAGAGCUGACAUCACGACACUGUGCCUUGAUUUCAAAAUCGUAAAAUACUGAAGUUGAGAUUUAAUAAUUCAGUAUUUGUUGAUCUAAUGUUGGGGAACAUAUACACUACCAGUCAAAAGUUAUUAGUCUCACUAAGUGUGCAUUUAUUUGAUCCAAAGUACAGCAGAAAAAUAAAUAUUUGUAUGAUUUGAAAUCAUAAAAUCUUCUAAUAAUUUAUUAUUAUUAUUAUGAAGAAUAUGUUGAAAACAGUGGAAUUCAGAAGAACGGCAUUUAUCUAAAAUAGAAUUUGUAACAUGAAUGUCUCUAUCAUUGGUUUAAUAAUAAUAAUAAUUAUUAUUAUGAUGUUUUCUGAGCAGCAAAACAGAAUAUUAGAAUGAUUUGUGAGGGUUUAUGUGACAAUGAAUGAACUCGUUUUUGAAAUCACAGGAAUAAAUGACAUUAUAUUUAAAAUAUAUUCAAAGAGACAUUAUUGGAUCGAAUAAAUGCAGGCUUUAAAAAGCAUGAAAAAUCAAAGUGUUCAGAAAUGUUUGUCUGGGAGUAAUCUGUAGAUAUGAUCUUUGACCCUUAAACACUGAACGCAGACGCAGAUCCUCUUCUUAGUAUUAUUAGAUUACGGGAUUGCAAUGAGAUUGCAGUUCUUUUAGUGUUACUGAACUAAUAUUUCAGGAGGUUUUCUGGAAUACGAGCAGAAGUAUUUUCAGUUUGUAUAUUUUCGCGGACAGGAUCACACUCUUGUUUUGACAUGUUACUGUUUAAUGUGUUUGUACUGGCUUUUCUUAAACUAGACGCUUCGGUGCAUAACGUAAUAACCCCUUAUCAUAACUCAAGUAUUAUCGUAUUGCACUAAAAUACACGAUAUUAAACAUAAUUCUGAUGCUGCACGUUUUAACGCACUGUGUUUUUUUUGGAGACGGUCACUGGUUUCGAACUCUGAGCCAUUUUAUUUGAAUUUUAUGAUUUCUUUAAUGUUGCUGUAUUGAUGUGCCACACGCGAUUGAGAUCAAUGGAAUAUUGCACUCGGUAAGUUUGAUUCGCUCGGAUGUCGAUGGGAAAACAAAAGAUGUUUGAGUUGAAAUGACAGUAUUUGAGACUGAAUGUAAUGCGGUUUAAAAGCCUUUGGUGUUAAAUGAUGCAGAAACUCGCCUUCAUCAGUGAAUAAACUACAAAACUCAGUGGCCUUCCGUCUUUCAACACAGACUGUUUAAUGUCUUCUGCAUCUCUUAGAUUUCUAUAUUCAGACUGCACAAAUAAUUGUACAGUUUUGUAUAUAAAUGAUGCUUUUUUUUCUCCUGUGGAUUUAUAAGAAAAUACAAUAAAAAGUCUUUUUGAAAGGCA